AUGGAGUACUUGAGCAGAUCCCUACAUGAGCUUAAGAAGGAACCUACAUUCCAGUAUCACCUCAUAUGUAGGAAACUGGACAUAACUCAUAUGAAUUUUGCUGAUGAUCUCUUGUUAUUUGCUAAAGGUAAUCUAUCCUCAGUGGUCACAUUAUACAAAUACUUCUCUCAGUUCUCUGAAGCAUCAGGUUUGCAGGCUAAUUUGGAUAAAAGUUCAGUAUAUUUUGGUGGAGUGAAACAAGAUGUGAAGGAGCAGAUAUUGGCUCACCUGGGGUUUGAAAAAGGAUCCUUGCCCUUCAAAUAUCUAGGCAUUCCUUUAUCUACAAAGAAAAUAGCUCUCAUACAAUGGCAGCCUGUGAUUGAAAAGAUCACAGCCAAGAUCUCUUCCUGGACUGCUAAAAAGCUAUCCUAUGAUGGUCGUGUGCAGUUGGUUCAAUCUGUUAUUUUUGGUAUUCAAGCUUACUGGGCUCAAUUGUUCAUCUUGCCUGCUAAGGUAUUGAAAAUGAUAGAGGCACUCUGUAGAAGCUACAUUUGGUCUGGAACUAACACAAUAACCAGGAAGGCAUUAGUAGCAUGGGAAAAGAUUUGUACUCCUAAGUCAGCUAGUGGACUAAAUCUCAUAAAUCUUCCUCUGUGGAACAAAGCAGCAAUUGCCAAAACGUACUGGGAUUUAGCACACAAACAGGACAAGCUAUGGAUAAGGUGGAUCAAUGCAUACUAUAUCAAACAACAGCAGCUACAACAUAUGCCAUUGCCACAACAAGCAAGUUGGAUGGUGAGAAGAAUAAUUGGAUCAAGGGUAACCAUGCUACAGACACAGAAUUUAAAUGAUCACUGCAAGAGCAUUAUCAGACAAAUAUACCUACAGCUGUUAGGAGACUUACCAAGAGUUAGCUGGAAAUGUCUAGUCUUUCACAACUCUGCCGGACUAAUGGCAGUCUUCACCAUGUGGCUGUUGCUCCAUGGAAGACUACCUACUAAAGAUAGGCUAGCCAACUAG